GCAUGGGUUGAGCAAUAGUGCGGCGACUCUGCCUGCCUGAGAGAAUCCAUCACAGAAACAAACCGCCCCCUCCCACUCAGAGUACCCCCGCUUCAGAUGCAACUCAAAAUACAUAAAGCCUCCAUGUUGCACGGGGUAUGUAGGGCCAGCAGAUAUGAACUAUUUGCUUAAAAGUGUUAGCUAACUUUAACGUCCAACAACUUGCGUACGGUACAUGUUUUUGGACAACAAUCCUCUGACGGGCUUCCUAGUGUUCAACGGUGUUCCAGACACGGCCUCACAUUUUGGAUGAUCGGAGCUUCACAGCUAACUCGCUAACUGCUAACUUCAGCUAGUUAGCAAUUCAACGUCGGUUGUUUUUGUUUUUUUUGUUAGCCAUUCACACUGUCGGUGUUGCUCACAAAAUACUUGUUUGCAGCGAUGAUAUUUUGCGAAGAGCCAUAAAUGACAGCCAUCCACUGGCUUCCAUUCACCACCGUGCUUGCUGGCUGGCUACAACCGCUGCCACAACACUUCGCCUCGGACGGUUGCACUGCUUUGUGGGCUGGCUGGUCAUCCUCAUCUUAAACAGCUAGCUAACAAGGGCUAGCAAACGAAGCAAGCGCGCUAGUACGAAUAACAUUGUGGGAAACAAAACAGGAAUAACCACCCGUCUAAAUGGACCACAUGUCCAUAAUAACCCAAGUUUCCAAUCCGAAGGAGGAGGAAAUAAUAUCCUUUAACCAGGAAAAAGCGUCCCAGUCGAACAGCAGCCUCAAGAAGCAGAGGAGCCGGAGCAUCUUCAGCACAUUCUUCUGCUGCUUCCGUAACUACAAUGUGGACCCGCCAGCCACCAACACCAACUGCAGCUCCCUGCCUCCACCUGUUGAGGAGAAUGGAUCGCCUCCCAAGUGUGACCAGGUCCAGGUCAUCCCUGUCCCUAGUCCACCAGCCAAAUACCUCUUACCAGAGAUUAUAAUAUCUGACUAUGGCAAAAAGUGUGUGGUGAUCGACUUGGAUGAAACGCUCGUCCACAGCUCAUUCAAGCCCAUCAGCAACGCAGAUUUUAUUGUUCCAGUAGAGAUCGAUGGUACCGUUCAUCAGGUGUAUGUGCUGAAACGACCCCACGUGGACGAGUUUCUUCAAAAGAUGGGGGAGCUAUUUGAAUGUGUGCUGUUCACAGCCAGUCUUGCCAAGUAUGCAGACCCCGUGGCAGACCUGCUGGAUCAGUGGGGCGUGUUUCGAGAGCGACUUUUUAGAGAAUCCUGCGUUUUUCACAGAGGGAACUACGUCAAAGACCUCAGCCGACUGGGACGAGAGCUUGGCAACGUCAUCAUUGUUGACAAUUCACCCGCCUCUUACAUUUUCCACCCAGAGAAUGCUGUCCCUGUCCAAUCCUGGUUUGACGAUAUGAAUGACACAGAGCUCCUGGACCUGCUGCCUUUCUUUGAGGGACUCAGCAAAGAAGAAGACGUUUACGGAGUCCUGCAGAAUCUGAGAGGCAGGUAGCAGGAAACACCACAGCGCCGCCUGUGCUCUCCAUCCUUCCCUCUGUCCACCUCUGCCCCUCUCGACAACCACGUCUCUCAGACUCAGGCAGGCAGAUCCUCCCACACGCGCCCCUCUUGUCUCUGCCCCAAGGGGACGCCCUGGAGUCUCACUGUGGAAACCUUCAUGUGAAGCCCAUCUCCGCUCUCAUCUCCUGGUGACUGGCUGCCUUCUGAGUGCCAUCAGAAACAAACAAACAAACAAACACUAACUAUCCCAGGAGCACUGCGUUUGACUAAAACCACACCGGAAAGUGUACAGAGCGUCCUGAGUUGAUAAUAUUGGGGACAAAAUACUAAGAGGAAUGAACUCUGAUCUUUAUUUUCAAACCAACAAAAGUUUUACUAUUCGGUGAAGUGCUUAUUUUAAAACCAAAAAAAAAAACCCAACAUUUCUUUGUCUGAAAUUUCUUUUGUGGAACCACACAAAAGUCUGAAAAGAUUUUGUCCUCGUAUUGUUGCUAUGCAGGCAGUUUCUGGUAGUAGAAAGGACUGUGAUUCUCUUUUCUUACUGAGAAGUGCCUUGUGUGAAUGUUGUUUAUAUGGGGAGAUAUUUUGUACAUGGCAGAGUACUUCAGUCCAUUCACGCAAAUGAUGCUUUCAAGUGGACACAGAAGUAUCUUGAUAUAAAUGUUUUACUUUUUUUUUUUUUUUUUUUUUUUUUUUAAUCAAACGCUGGUUAAAUGUCUCCAUAGUAUUCUGUUUUAUUUCUUCUCCCGGUAUGGUUGUGCCAUUAUAUAGAUGUGACUUUGUUUCUUUCUGCUUUCAUUAUAUGUAGAAAUAGUUUAUUUGUUUUUAGGCAAAGGAGUACGUUUGCAAUUGUGAACCUUGUGCCGCACCUGCAAGUACAGUAGUUCUCUGCGUUUGAUAGUUUGAUCUGAAAGCUCAGAUAAGUUGUGCCAUUUAUUAUUUUCUGUCUCUCUCACAUAUCCCCCACCACCUUAUCUCAUUUUAUUAUUUGCCAAAUAAGAAAAUAAUUUUUAAACAGGCUUCAUAUCUUUAACAGCGGUUCAGCUAUAACUGUUAAACCAUUAGUAGUAAGUAUAGCUUUUAUUCUUUUGACUAAUAGUUGUCAAAUACUUUUGUAUGUUUUUAAUGUUUUGAGGUCCUUGUUUGUAUUGUGCUAAUCAUAUGGCCAGCUGUUAGCCGGCAUUUUAUUUUUAUUUUUUGGCCACACUUAAGUGGUGCAGCUUCACCCUUUCGGGGGCGAUCUUUCUCCAUAAUUCUACACAGUUGCAAAGGUAUCCCUUUUUGUUGUUACAAAUGGUCUGGGAUCUUACAGUAAAUGGGUCGAGUGCCAUGUUUUCAUUUUUUCAUGAGGUUAGUGUCUUUAGGGAUGAUCUAGGAUAGUGGAUGGAGUAGGGGCAGUGUUAAAAUCACACCAUUCUCCUGAUUUACAAAUGGCGAUGAUGCGGUGUUUACCUUCCCAGACUCUUUUUAACUGCUCUUCACCUCAGUGCCUAUGUUUGAAAGGAGCCACGCAACCCGAAUGCUGCAACAUUAGCAUGGCAAUAACCUUCUUUUUUUGGGGGGGGGGGGGCUGUUUCCGUCCGUUCCCGUCCGUUCCGAUGUUGAGAGCACUUGUUGAGGCUGGCCCGGUAGAGGUUUGGCUGACACUAAAGGCUGGCCUGGUUACCACAACGACUUUCAGUGUUCAUGGUAGAACCAUCAAACAUUAUUUUGUCACAUUAUUUGAUUUGAAAACUGGACAAACUCAUAUAAUCGAAUCCUUCAGUGAUUUUAGAAUAACAUUUAAAUAUUAGAUUAUGUUUUUCAAAAUUUUAAUACUGAAACAACUUGAAUGUUGCCAAACAACCAAACAAACUUGUAUAGUGAACUACAUUGCCAUAGUUUGUUGUGGAGAAAAGAAAGAAAAGGGCACCUUCCAAACCUACAGAUGGGUGCUCGGUCCUGGCUCACCCAGAGAAAUGUUAGGGGGCCAGCGCUUAAUGAAAACUACAGGAGCACUGCGAACGUACUGUGAGGAACCUCGUCAUGGCACUGAUGCCUUACUGCCUGUGGAGGCACAAAACCAAUGUUUCUUCAUCAAUUCCAAGGUUACAUCUACACGUUUUUAGCAUCGUCUCAUUAGUACUUUCUUAUGGAGUGUAAAAUCCACUCGACUAUAUAUGUAUAGACCAUAUAUGGCCAGGUGACUGAACAUUAUGAAACAAUAAAAUGAAGCAAUGAAGCAUGAAGAAAAAGCUGUGGUGCCAUCAAGGGAUUGUAUGCUCUAAUAAACCUUAUCUGCUUUAUUGCUUGGUUUAUAUGUCAUGAUGUUGCAUUAAAGAGACCUACACUA